ACAACCAAAGGAGUGAAUACUGUGAGCACAGGGCAAAGCAAACAAGAAAAGAACCUGCGAGAGUUGAGCACGCACAGAACAAGAUGAUUAUCCCUGUUCGCUGUUUCACAUGCGGAAAGGUCAUUGGAAACAAAUGGGAUCCUUAUCUCGACCUUCUCCAGGCAGACUACAGUGAAGGAGAUGCACUGGAUGCUUUGGGGUUGGUUCGUUAUUGCUGUAGACGCAUGCUUAUGACUCAUGUUGACCUCAUUGAGAAGCUUCUGAAUUACAAUACUUUGGACAAGUCUGAUCCCAAUUAAGGAGGCUUCUGGAAUUGUAAAUAACCAAGAUGUUGGUUGUGUGGGCCACAUGUCAAUUUCUCCCCUUCUCUAGAUUGUUUUGCAUCAAGCAGAUUUGGUUUGUGUGUAUGUUCAGAUUGAUUGUGGUUGUAUCCAGUUAUUGAAUGGCUAUUAUAGCUUGUGCUAAUUACUUCUUAACUUUUAGUCAGUGCAAUGUACAAUUGUUUAAUGAUAGUACAAUGAUUUGAAUGACUAAAUUUUAGAAAACACGU